UGAUUAAGAAGAGAAGAGAUUGGUGCCGUGGAGAUGAAUAAGCAAGAAGAAGAAGGGGCGGCGGCGGCGGCGGCAGAGGAGGAGGAGGAGGAGGUGGAGCCGGUGAGUCCGACCGGCCAAUACUUCAACAGCUCCGCCUUGUCCAUUGCGGUUCUUGGGGUUUUGGAAUCGCAGGUUCCCAUUGAUGAUUCCCAAACCAUGGCCCUUCUCAAGGAUCUCUUCCUCCCCAUCAACCCUCGCUUUUCCUCCAUCAUGCUGCAGGUUAGAGGCAAGAAUGGGGAAAAACAAUGGAAGAGAGUGGAAGUAAACCUCCGGGACCACAUCAAAGUCCCCACAUUCCCGCCGGGAAUGUCUUCAGGCUUCUACGACGACCAUUUCAGCGACUACAUGACCAAGAUCGCCAUGGAACAACUUCCACAGAGCCGGCCACUUUGGGAAAUUCAUAUCAUCAAGUACCCGACCAGCACCGCCGCCGGCCAAGUCAUCUUCAAGCUCCACCACGCGAUGGGCGACGGCUUCUCCAUGAUGGGAGCUCUUCUUUCCUGCUUGCAGAGGGCCGACGACCCUUCUCUGCCCCUCACUUUUCCGGCGCUCAAGAUGGGAUUGGAUUCCGAUGGGGGGGCCGCCGGAAUGUUCAGGAGAGUGCCAAGGGUUCUGUCGGGGCUUUUGAACACGGUUUUCGACUUCGGGUGGAGCCUUCUGAAGAGCAGCUAUGUUGAUGAUGAUCGGACGCCAAUUCGGUCCAGCGCCGACGGGGUUGAGUUCCGGCCGAUCAGGAUAAGCACCGUCACUUUCUCUCUUGAUCAGAUCAAACAAAUCAAGUCCAAUCUUAAAGUGACAGUGAAUGAUGUGAUAGCUGGGAUAAUCUUCCUGGCAACCAGGCUAUACAUGCAAGAAGCAGGCCCAGAAUUCAGCAAGGCCAACUCCACAGCAUUGGUACUGCUCAACACAAGGAACAUUGCUGGCUACAAGUCUCUGGCUGAGAUGAUCAGCCCCAACCAUGACACAAAAUGGGGCAACCAAUUUGGUUUCUUGCAUGUAGCUGUCCCAGAGCUCACUAAAUCUGAGUCUUCAGACCCUAUCAGCUUUGUUUCUAGAGCACAGAAAAUAAUUAGGAGGAAGAGAGACUCUGGAGCUGUUUUCCUAACCGGCAAGCUAUUAGAUACACUCAGAAGAUAUAUGGGACCCGAGGCAGUAGCUCAACACAUCCACAACACUUUGAAGAACUCAAGCAUGACAAUCUCCAACAUGAUAGGACCUGUGGAACAACUGGCUUUGAGCAACCAUCCUUGUGCUGGCAUCUACUUCAUGGUAGUUGGUGUUCCACAGAGUCUUACAAUAACAAUGGUGAGCUACAUGGGGAAUCUGAGAGUGGCAGUGGGGACUGAGAAAGGAUAUGUCGACUCACAGAAGUUCCAGUCAAGCAUCCAGAAAGCCUUCGAGAUGAUGUUCAAAGCUGCAGUGAAGUCUGCAAAUCCAUAGGAUGACACACCAGUCAAUGAAUAAUAAAUGGCUUCUACCAAGUUACAUAUACAUAGUUAAAUUGUUGGGUUAUGUUUACAUUCUUAGUAUUUGUGAUUCAAGUGUGAUGUCACACCCUUCCACCAAUUGUUGUCCACCAGCACAUAUGAUAGGAAAUUAAUUGCAUUUU